AUUCAAAACCCGACCAUGUUGUUGUGUUGACUUAUUGUUGUGAGUUUAUGUAGUUGUUCAGUCCGACUGGUUUGUUGUUAGUGUUAUUUCAACAUGUUCAGGGGUAGAGGUAAUAGUAGAGGUGGACGAGGUUUUGGUGGCGGACGAGGUGGAGGAAGAGGCGGUGGAAGAAGGUUUGAAGAUACUGGACCACCAGAUACCGUAACUUCUUUGGGACAUUUUCUUCAUACCUGUCAAAAUGACAUCGUUGUGAAAGUCGAUUUAGAAGAAGAAGUUCCAUAUUUUAAUGCUCCCAUCUUUACAGAAGAUAAAAAUCAAAUUGGUAAAAUUGAUGAAAUUUUUGGACCUAUAAGAAACUAUUAUGUUUCUGUUAAGCUUGGAGAAAACAUAAAAGCCAAAAGCUUCAACGGCAAGGAUAAGUUUUUUAUUGACCCUAACAAACUGCUCCCAUUAAAGAGGUUUCUGCCCCUACCCCCUGGAGUGAAACCUCCACCAAGAGGAGGUGGUAGAGGAAGAGGUGGAUUUGGAGGACGAGGGGGUGGUGGUGGAAGAGGUAGAGGUGGAUUUGGAGGGCGAGGAGGUGGUGGAAGACCAAGCUUCGGCGGCGGAGGAAGAGGGGGCGGUGGUGGUAGGCAAAGCUUCGGUGGUGGUGGAGGGGGCGGAUUCAGAGGAGGUAGGGGAGGCUUCAGGGGUGGUGGUGGUAGGUUCUCAAAGUAGUAAUGUAACAAGAAUCAACUUCUAUAAGAAGAGGAACAUUUUUUUUUUUUCAUUCGAUAUUAAUAUAUCGAAUACGUUUGUGAAAACUAUACGUUUGUAUAUAGCAUGAAAGUUAUUGUAACAUUUGAAUGAUAAAUUUUAUAAAUAAAACUGUAAUGAUUUUAUUAUUAAGUUUUUAAAAUAAUUUUUUUUCUCAGAAAUAUAUUCAUAUUAUUUCAACAUAAUUGGUUUUGUUUUAUUUAGUAUAUUCCUAUUUUUAAAAAAACAUGUUUGAUUUUAUAACAUUAAAUGUAUUUUUUUC